CUACUUCUUAGUAGCUGUGAUAAUUGAUCGACGAAUGAAUAAAAUCGCGUGUGCAAAUCACUUUGCUAGUUAGCUGCCAUAAAUAGUAUUGCAAUAAACACUACGUUUUAUUAAUCUAUUGGAAAAUGAAGAAGUUUGUUCCAAAACAAGCAUCGGAAGAAUCAGAAAAUUCACCGUCCGAGGAUCAAUCAGAAAACGAGGCAGAUCUGCACGAAGAUCAAUCAGAAAAUGAUGAGGACGACGACGAAGACCCGGAGGAAAAUGACGACGAGGAAAUGGAAUCCGAAAGUACCGAAUUACCGAAGAAAGUUCCCAAGGUAACACCGUUGGUGAAGAAAAAGAAAAAUAAAGCUGGCAUCGUGUACAUCUCCAACAUUCCGAAGCACAUGAACGUCACCGUGCUGCGUGGAUUGCUUGAACCGUAUGGCGAAAUCGGCCGGGUCUAUCUAGAACCAGAGCGCAAAGGGCGUAAAAUACGUAAGAAAACGGCUAACGGUAAACAGGCCAUGAUCAAUUACACCGAGGGAUGGGUGGAGUUCGUACAUAAGCGAGUCGCCAAAGCUAUAGUGCCGCUGCUGAACACUAAACCCAUAAGCACGAACCGAAAAUCUGUCUUUUGCGACAUGCUCUGGACGAUGAAAUAUCUUCCGAGGUUUAAGUGGGUCAACCUUAGCGAACGGCUAGCGUACGAACGGGCGGUUGCACGUGACAAAUUACGCACUGAAAUACGGCAAACACGUGCUGAGGCAUCCGUGUUUGAGGCCGCGGUUAGCUCGAGUGCAGCGUUUAAAGCAAGGGAACGGUCCAAAACAAAACAGCGCAAAGAAGGCAAAUAGAUGCUGUUACAAAUUGUAACUUGAGAUUCGGAAAAAAAACCUUUUGUGGGCUAAUAGGAAUAAGUUAACUGAAAGAAAAAUAUUACUCAUUCAACUUGUCUUGAGUCUUGAGGUUGCUUAACAAAUUUUGGAAUUCCCAACGUUAUCACGCGUUUCGUAACUUGACUUCGAUGUUCAUUUU